UUAUAAUCUUUAAAAUUGAACAAGAAUUUAAUCGAUCAGCCAUUCUCUUCUUUUUUUGGGCUUCAGAAAAUAAGGUUUGGCCCAAUGCAACCCCAAACACAAUUGACCUAGUUACCUUCUCCAGUUGCUUCUCUGCCAUGGACUUCACAGUUGCCGGGAGAACCACCGGCGCCGCCACUGCGUCCAACCCACCGCCACCCUUCGUGUUGUGUCGUUUGUCUCCUAUCAUCCAACAAGGAGUUGCGUUCCAUUUCUCCUCAGGCCAAAGCGAGACCCUCCUAACAGCCAAGAACCAACUGCCGCUCGCGGCCGUUCCACCCGUGACCGCCGCUUGCGAGUUCAGAUGCGGUGGCUUUGGUGGUGGCCUCCGUAUCAUCUCCGCUCUUGCCCGAAGAUCUGCGUUCGCCACCGUUGUUAAAUCAACAAAGGUCGCAAACGUUCUCUGCCUCCCCUUCACGGUAGCGUCGUCCUCCACGCUGCUUGCUACCACCUCAUCGUUCGUCGCGUUCUUUCUCGCAGCUGCUCCGCCUACGACCGCCGCGUCCGUGAACCAGCAACGCAGCUUUGGUGUCGGUACCAGAUCCAAUAGAUCUUCGUCCUCCACCUUCCUCUUCGCGACGGCGCCGUCCUCGGAGCCGCUUCUGGCCGUAAGUUCCCCAUCGCCGUUGCCCCGAGUGGUGCCAUCAGCAUCCUCACUGUCAAACGCUAUCGCGUUUUUUUCAACAGCGGCAUCUCCUGACAAAGAGAUAGCAGCGGAGAAAGUCUUGAAGGAAUUUCAUGCCACAAUUGAAAAUGCGGCAGCAUCAAGUGUCAAAGAGGCAAGUCAGAAGAAUGACAUAGACGUUUCGUGUCAAGCCUUCAAGAAAUUAUUGCUGUCCUGUAAAUCCCCAACUGCAGCUUCAUGUCUUAGUUUUGCCCAGGCUUUCACAAAAGCCAAUGGUUGUAUUGAGCUACCCAGAUUCAUUAAAGAAGUAUCAGAGAUAACUUGUUCGAGUACAUCAUUUGUAAACAAGAUCAUUUUCGCCCUUGCCAAAAGUGGACAGAAGGAUAAGGCCUUGGUGAUAUUUGAUUAUCUUAAGAGUCGUAACUAUAGUCUUGACUUGGUCACAUAUAAUAUUGUUCUAGAUAUAUUGGGCCGUACAGGUCGUGUGGAUGAAAUGUUUGAUGUGUUUGCAACCAUGAAGGAAGCUGGUUUUGUCCCGGAUACUGUUUCUUAUAAUACUGUAUUGAAUGGCUUGCGGAAGGCUGGAAGAACAGACAUGUGCAUUGUGUAUUUUAAGGAAAUGAGUGAGAAUGGCAUCGAACCGGAUUUGCUUACAUAUACUGCAUUAAUUGAGAAUUUCGGCAGAUCAGGAAAUGCUGAGGAAUCUUUGAAAUGCUUCAGUGAGAUGAAACUGAAGGGGAUCCUCCCUUCAAUAUACAUCUAUCGAUCGCUAAUCAAUAAUUUAAACAAAUCAGGAAAGGUUGAGUUGGCAAAAGAGCUUCUAGAGGAGAUGAAUUCGUCUUCUACUCGUCUAGCUGGUCCUGAAGAUUUCAAGCAUAAAAGAAGACGAAGAAACAGGCUGACCAAAGGUCCCGAAGUUCAUUAGUUAUGUUGGUAUGCUGUUCUCAGUCAUUUCUUAGUUAUAAUAGAAUUGCCGUAGAAAGCUGACCCCAUGCAUGUCUAUGAGGUUGAAUUGUUAGAUAUGUGCAAAGGAAAGUGUAAUAUUGAAUAUUGAUCAAUUCAUUUUGUUCUUUACUUAUUAGAAUGGUCAGCUAAUAGAUACAACUAAUAGAUACAUCCUAAGGAACUCACCUCAGAGAAUUCAUCAAUGAAAUAAUGCUUCUUGUUCUCAAUGGCAUUUAGCUCUUGUUGUAGUGUUUUCAUGAACUGAAAUCACACAAGUAACAAUUUUAUUGUAUCUUCAGAAGAACAAUUUGAUUAAAUGUCAAAGAAAGUAUAUUGUAGUAUUUGACAAACCAAU